AUGGGAAAUAUCAGCUCGAACGAUCAAGCUUACGGCAAUUGCAGAAUCGAUGCUCUCUGCGAGAGUUUCCUCUCCAUGCAGCAGCUCCGUGCCGAGAGGCUCCUCGGCCCCAUAGACUGGCAGGACGACGACAGCUGCGAGAUGCACAGCACAAUGAACACCAUCAAUAACUCCCUCAUGCACGCUGCUCUACAAGACGUCGAGUGUACAAGGAAACCUCGCAGACGGCGGAACAGCUGCAGGGUAGCCUUCAGCAUCCCCGCCGACGAGCCCGCCAGCUCAGACAGGCCCUUGACAGUCCCUCUGACCAAGACGUUCAAGGCGACCUUCACGACCUUCUUCCCCAGGACCCGCAGCAGCGACUCGAUUCCUUGCGAGACAUCCGCUAAUGUCGACCUGGACGAGAGUGGGCUCAACAGCCCUGCGGAAUUUGAGGACUCCAAGGUCGCCCUGCUGAAGCAGCAAGGUGCCAAGCUCAAGAGAGCCGCCGCCUACGUCCAGGAGCGGAUCAAGUCGCUGUCAUUGCCCAAGGCGGUGGAUGUAGGGAGCUGGACGAGGAUGGAGGUACAGCAAGCAUGGAUGGAGGGUUAUUGA